GCCGCCGGUCUGUCAGCAGCUACUGAGGAAGAUGGUGGACUCGACGGCAGCGUGCUCUCCACUCCGUCCCAAACACCUCGGAAAAUACCUGCCAUCUCAGCCCGGUAUUAGGUAUAGAUUACCAGGAGACAAUCAUAGAUAAUACACACAAAAAACUCGUGGAAAACAGAGACUUCUCCCGCCGCUGGACAACUCUUUAUUCCGGGGGCGAAGUUUGACCACGUGUUGGUUGGAUGUUUUUAGCGUGUCAACACACGCGUGGGAGGAAGUGGCUUUAUUUUUAAACAUAUAGCGAAUCUGGGAGGUUAAACCACGUGGAUUUAUGGGCUUUGGGCUCGUUUCCUGCUUAUAUUGGAGGAAUUGGGACUUGAAACGGGCUAAAGAGUAGCUGCUAAACGCGGGCCAGCUUUGUUGUUGUGAGCUGCAUCGAAAUGCCGCGCAGCAGGAAAGGGAAGCGUGGCUCCAGCAAGCCGGGCUCUCUCCGUCAGGAGGUUCUUCAACUGCAGCUGUCAACUAAAGCGUCACUGAAAGGAGUUAAAAAUGGGAUGAAGGGAGAGUCCGGCGCCAGCGACGAUGAGUUCACGUCUGACGUUCUGAGCCACUACAGCAGUGCCAGCGAGAACGCUUCGGUCAUGGAAGAAGGAAGUGAGCAAGUGGACGAGCUGACUGCCCAGGAGGAAACAGAGGACAAGCUGAAGCAGUGCAUAGACAACCUGAUGGAUAAGAGUGCAAAGACUCGUUUAGCAGCCCUGGAGUCGUUGCGACAGGCCUUCUCAUCCAGGCUUCUGUACGAAUUCUUGACGGAAAGACGCCUCACUGUGAGCGACUGCCUGGAAAGGAGUCUUAAAAAAGGCAGUGGGGAGGAGCAGGCAGCAGCAGCCACAGUCUUCACCCUGCUCUGUAUCCAGCUGGGCGGGGGAGACGAGGCAGAAGAAGGCUUCAAGAUGCUUUUACCAAUCCUCACUACCAUCCUCAUUGACAACAGUGCCAGUAUAGCAGCUCGCCAGAGUUGCGCCAGAGCUUUGGGGAUGUGCUGCUAUGUCUCAACUGCUGAAGAAGGAGAGGACUUGAACAAGACACUGGCUCUGCUGGAGAGCAUUUUCACGUCUUCCUAUCCCAACAGAGAGGGAACGCUGCCGACGGCCAAACCCGGAGGCCCAGGCCUGCACGGUGCAGCCCUGCAUGCCUGGUCGCUGCUCGUCACCCUCUGUCCUGCUUCCAGAAUCACCGUGCUGCUGGACCAUCACCUGCCGAAGCUGCAAGCUUGUCUUCAGAGCAGCGACGUCAACUACAGAAUCGCAGUGGGGGAGACCAUCGCCCUGCUGGUGGAGCUGGGCCGAGAAAUAGACGAGGAGUUUGAGGUGGAGGACAGUGACGGUCUCUGUGAAAGUCUGAAGGGUUUAGCCACAGAUGGAAACAAACACAGAGCCAAAAACGACAGAAGGAAACAACGCUCCAUCUUCAGAGAAGUGCUACACUACAUAGAGAACGAGGAUUUCACAGACGAGAAGAUCCGGUUUGGAGUGGAGAGCGUUUACAUCGACAGCUGGGUGAGGAGGAGAAUCUACGAUGCCUUCAAGGAGAUCCUAGAAUCUGGAGUCAGACACCAUCUACAGUUUAACCAACUACUGCGCGACAUCUUCGGCCUUGGAGCCCCCAUCAUCCUGGAUGCCGCCACCUCCAAAGCCAACAAGAUUUCACGUUUUGAGAAGCAUCUUUUCAACUCAGCUGCCUUCAAAGCCAGAACGAAACAGAGGAGCAAAGUGAGGGACAAGCGCGCUGACGUCAUGUGAGAGGAGGACGAGGACGGAGGGUGGAUCUGGCGAGGAGCUCAUCAGGCUGCAGAGAAAAGGAAACGCAACGCCUUCAACUCUUCAAAACGGGGGGAUUAUUUUGUGCUCUUAAAUGCAAUCAACAUUUAAGGUCAUUAAUUUCACCAGUGAAUGUAAAAAAUUACAUCUCACUGGGAGAUUUUGGUGCUGAUGGAUAUUUUUCUGUCUUUUUUGGGGGGGAUACACAGACAGUUGCUGCUGUCUUUUAACAGGCCAGUGGGGUGGUUUUAAUUUUUGAUGCUUUUUUUUUUUUUUCUCUGGGCCGAGCACUCAAAAUCAAUCUCUGUCCUCCUCCAGGCUUCUGACUAUUAUUCCCACAGCACUCCUCCAUCUACUCCAUCUUUACACCCACAGUUUAACUACUUGAGCUGCCAAAAACCGGGAGACGAACUUUACAAACAAUGCAACCUUGAAAAAGAUCUAUAUUUGUGGUGUUUGUGUGCGAGCGUGUUUUAUUUGAAACUAAUUUAACCAUGAAAUAAAACACUUCAUAUGAACAAGAAGAUGCCUAAUUAAAACUAUGAAAUUCA